AGCUCCCAGUGACCCUACUUUUUGAUGAAAAUUACUCUAAUGGGGAUCUGUGCCAAGAUAAUCCUGGAGGGACACUAAAAAUUUGCGACGUUAACAUAGGACUUUGAACUUACUUAUUAUCUGCGACUCUUGCCAAUUACCGGGAAGAUAACUAUACCAUUAUUUUCUUUCUAAAUAUUCACAUAAAUUUAUAAUACAAAAAUCAUGAGUUUACAAUGGACAUUGAUUGCUGGUUUUCUGUAUGCUCAAAUAUGUUUUGUAUUACUCUUAGUAUUACCAAUAAUAUCACCAACUAAAUGGCAAAAGUUAUUUAAAUCUAGAUUCUUGCAAUCAAUAAGUAAUCAAGCAUCGUAUUAUUUCUAUGUUGUACUUAUCGUAUUAGUUUUGUUUUUGUUGGAUUCUAUUAGAGAAAUGCGAAAAUAUUAUGGAAUUGAAAGUGCAGGAGAACAUACGCAUUUGGAUGCUGAGAUGCAAGGAAACAUGAAACUGUUCAGAGCUCAAAGAAAUUUUUAUAUAACUGGUUUUUCACUGUUUUUAAGCCUUGUUAUACGGCGUCUUAUGAUUCUUAUUUCUUUCCAAGCUACAUUAUUAGCACAGAAUGAAGCAGCUAUGCGACAAGCUCAGUCUGCUACAACAACAGCAAAGUCUUUGUUGUCGGAAAAAACACUUGGAGCGUCUGCACAAAAUGAGUCGCAAGAAGUGCAUAAUAAAGCUGUGUCUGAAUUAAAAAAUCAGCUUAAGGAAUUAGAGGUAAAAAAUCAAGAAAUGGAGUCGCAACUUGUACUAGAAAAGAAGCAGAGAGGUGCUAUGAAGUCACAAGCUGAAUCGCUUGCAGAAGAAUACAAACGUUUAUGCGAUGAACAUGCCAAAUGUUCUCUAUCGAGUGGUGAUAAAAAAAGUGAUUAAACUACACCUACCCACCUCACUUUCUCAUUUUCUCUUUAACAGUGCUAUCAAAUCUAAUUUAAAAACUUUAUGCAAACAUCUUUCUUAAGGUUAUUGUUUCAUAUUGCAUUAUUUUAUUAAAAAGAUAUAUAUAAGUCUUGUGUUAAACAUUAAGGGAAUAAAAAAUUUGUUGAUUGUGUAGGAUAGUUCAUCUAACUUCCGUG